GAAUCGCUCGCGGAGUGCCGCAGACGCGCGCGCUCUGUGUGUGCUGCGGGUGAAGUGAAGGGGGACGGCGGCGGAUCACGGGACGGACGAGCGGAGGGACGGCGACUUACUGCCUCCUCCUCCUCUUUUAUCCGCUCUUCCUUUACUGGUGGUCGGCGCCGAUAUUUCGAGUAUCAUUAUUGUGACUAUUAUUAUUACUACUCACUUCCAUGCAACUGAGAGAACUAUAAACCGGCGCGUGAGUGUGUGUGUGUGCGUGCGCGCGCUCGUGCUGGCUUGCGUGCGUGCGUGUGUGUGAGAGAGACAGAGAGAGAGAGAGAGAGAGAGAGAGAGAGAGAGUUGUCGUCGUCGGUGGCGGGCGGCUGCAGAAAUCUCGGCGGAGGAGCGGCAGGACAGUUCAGUGCGCUGCUGCUGCUGCUGCUGCUGCGCGAGGAGAAGUUGUCCGAAUCCCGCUGAGAGGGAAUAAACAACGCCGCGCGGAAACCAUGCAGGAGGCGCGAGGACUGGAUUUUAGAAGCACUUUCACUCACACCCGAACGGAUUGAGCGACGUGCUUUUCCCUUCUUUUUUAGAAUUUGAGUAGUUUUCUUUUUCUUUCUUAUUUUUGCUGCCCUCAACAAAAAAGGAGCCGCGUUCGCUUCAGCCAUGUGCUGAACGACAUUUCAUCACAGCGUUCAGGACUCUGCUCGCGCUGCGGGAGACGUUCAUGGUAAGAAAGAGAAAAAAAGAACUGAGGUGAAGAUUUUUGGAAGGGGAAAAUAGAGAGAGAGGGAGAGAGAGGGAGGGAAAGGUAGAGGGAGAGAGGGGUGGAAAGCAAGAGACGCGCGCGGUGCCGUCCGGAUAGUGGAGAGGGACUGAGAGGGGGAAAAUCAGCACAAGUGAGCAGAAUUACUCUUCGAUUUUUAUUCUGAUUCUUUUUUCUAACUCACUGAAACGCGGGGAGCGAUGAGGACUACUGGCGCAGUGGACUGUAUGUGCUACUGCUGGCUCUUGCUGCAGCUGCUGAGUCAGCCCGCGGCGGCCAAGCAGGUGCUGCGUUACCGCCUGGCUGAGGAGGGUCCCCCGGACGUGCGCGUGGGGAACGUAGCCGCCGAUCUGGGCAUCGUGGCCGGCUCCGGGGAAGUGACUUUUACCUUAGAGUCCGGCUCCGACUACUUCAAAAUCGACAACAUCACUGGGGACCUGAGCACCAACGAGCGGCGGAUAGACCGCGAGAAACUGCAGCAGUGCCAGAUGAUCUUCGACGAGAACGAGUGCUUCAUCGACUUCGAGGUAUCCGUGAUCGGCCCCGCGCAGAGCUGGGUGGACCUGUUCGAGGGCAAAGUCAUUAUCCUGGACAUUAACGACAACACGCCGUCUUUCCCUUCCCCCGUGCUCACUCUCUCCGUGGAGGAGAACAGACCCAUCGGCACGCUCUACCUACUGCCCACUGCCACGGACAGAGACUUCGGCCGCAACGGGAUAGAAAGGUACGAGUUGAUCCAGGACGGCGCGGAGAGCUCCGUGCGACGGUUGGGGUCUGCGAGCGCGGACGUUCACGCGGCCAAAAGGAGGUUCGACGAUGCGCAGAGCAGGAGCAGCGUGUUCGAGCUGCAAGUGGCCGACACCACGGACGGCGAGAAGCAGCCGCAGCUGAUCAUCAAAGGCGCGCUGGACCGCGAGCAGCGCGACUCGUAUGAGCUGACUCUGCGCGUGCGAGACGGGGGCGACCCCCCGCGCUCCUCCCAGGCCAUCCUGAGGGUAAUGAUCACGGACGUGAACGACAACAGCCCUCGCUUUGAGAAGAGCGUGUAUGAGGCGGACCUUCCCGAGAACAGCUCCCCUGGCGCCCCCAUCCUCCAGCUCAAGGCAGUAGAUGCUGAUGUUGGGGUCAAUGGACAGAUUGAGUAUGUUUUUGGGGCAGCCACAGAAUCAGUGCGCCGGCUCCUGCGGCUGGAUGAAAGUACAGGGUGGCUGAGCGUGUUGCACAGGAUUGAUCGUGAGGAAGUAAGUCAGUUGAGGUUUACGGUCAUGGCAAGGGACCGUGGUCAGCCACCAAAGACUGAUAAAGCAACUAUGAUAAUUAACAUCAAAGAUGAGAAUGACAACGUCCCAAAUAUCGACAUAAGAAAGAUCGGACGCAUUUUCCUAAGAGAUGGUGUGGCGAAUGUGGCUGAAGAUGUGGUGGUAGACACACCCAUUGCACUGGUCCAAGUGUCGGAUCGUGACAAGGGUCCGAAUGGUGUUGUGACGUGCACAGUGGUAGGUGAUGUUCCCUUCCAGUUGAAGCCUGCAAGUGAGAUAGAAGGUGACAUGAACAAAAAGAAAUACUUCCUGCAUACGUCAGCACCGCUUGAUUACGAGGCUGUGCAGGAGUACAACGUUGUCAUAGUGGCCGUGGAUUCGGGCAGCCCCAGUUUGUCCAGUAACAACUCGCUAAUUGUAAAAGUGGGAGACAUGAACGACAACCCACCCAUCUUCACCAAGAGCACGGUGGAGGUCUCGUUCCCAGAGAACAAUGCCCCAGGGGAGCGCGUAGCGACUGUAGUGGCUUUGGAUGCAGACAGCGGCAAAAAUGCAGAAAUUUCAUACUCGCUGGACUCCUCAGUGAAUGGGAUAUUUUCCAUUGACCCAGACAGCGGUGACAUCCGUGUUAACACCAUACUUGACCGUGAACAAACCGAGCGCUACGAGUUCAAGGUUAUCGCCAAAGACAAAGGAGUGCCUGUCUUACAGGGCUCGGCCACGGUGGUGGUGCUGGUGGCAGACAAAAAUGACAAUGAACCAAAGUUCAUGCAGGAUGUUUUCACUUUCUAUGUGAAGGAAAACCUGCAGCCCAACAGUCCUGUAGGCAUGGUGACAGUGAUGGAUGCUGACAAGGGGCAGAAUGCUGAGAUGAGCCUCUACAUUGAGGAAGAAGAGGAUAUAUUCUCCAUCGAGAACAACACAGGAACCAUCUUCUCCACUGUGGCCUUCGACCGUGAGCAGAAGACUACCUAUUCAUUCCGCGUCAAAGCUGUGGAUGGCGGUGACCCACCUCGAUCGGCCACAGCGACCGUAUCGCUUUUUGUGAUGGAUGAAAAUGAUAAUCCACCAACAGUCACUUUCCCCAUUAACAGUUCCUACACUCUGUUACCCCCUUCCAGCAAUAUCCGAACAGUCGUCCGAACGGUCAUUGCCACUGAUACUGACACGGGUGUCAAUGCUGACCUCAGUUACAGCAUAAUUGGUGGCAACCCAUUCAAGCUGUUUGAAAUUGAUCCUGCCACUGGUGUCAUUUCAUUAGUUAGCAAACUUGAGCAGAAACAUUUUGGCCUUCAUCGCCUGGUAGUGCAAGUUAAUGACAGUGGGGUUCCUUCCCAGAGCACCACCACACUAGUGCAUGUCUACGUCAAUGAAACGCUCUCUAACUCCACCAUAGUGGAUGCCCAGAUUGCCAAGAGCCUUGGAACACCACUUAACGCAGAUAUAGCUGGAGACCCAAACUAUGACCUGGGUAAGCAGCGCUUAAGCAUCGCCAUUGGAGUGGUGUCUGGCAUCAUGACAGUCAUCCUCAUUAUCCUUGUUGUGGUCAUGGCCCGCUACUGCAGGCCCAAGAACAAGAACGGCUAUGAGGCUGGUAAGAAAGACCACGAGGACUUCUUCACCCCGCAACAACAUGACAAAAGCAAGAAACCCAAGAAGGACAAGAACAAGAAGAAGUCAAAGCAGCCACUCUACAGCAGUAUCGUCACUGUCGAGGCAUCAAAGCCCAAUGGACAGCGCUAUGAUGGGGUCAAUGAGAAACUUUCUGACAGUCCUGGAAUGGGCCGCUACCGCUCUGUUAACGGCGGGCCUGGAAGCCCAGAUCUCGCCCGCCACUAUAAGUCCAGCUCACCCCUGCCUACAGUCCAGCUUCACCCACAGUCGCCCACAGCGGGUAAAAAGCACCAGGCCGUUCAGGAUCUGCCCCCGGCCAACACCUUUGUGGGCACCGGAGAUAACAUAUCCAUUGGAUCUGACCACUGCUCCGAGUACAGCAGCCAAACCAUCAACAAGUACAACAAACAGCCGUUCCGCCGAGUGACCUUCUCGGUGGUGAGCCAGCCCCAGGACCCCCACCAGGGCUCGCUGCAGAGCUGCUACGACAGUGGCCUGGACGAGUCGGAGACGCCCAGCAGCAAGAGCUCCACAGGCCCCCGGCUGGGAGCCCUCCCGCUACCCGAGGAUGCCUAUGAGAGGACCACGCCGGAUGGCAGUGUCGGUGAGGCAGAGCAUAUGGAAAAUGACUCUCGGCCCCUGCCUGACGUAGCUAUGACGGGUAAGUGCACGCGGGAGUGUGAUGAGUACGGCCACUCCGACGCCUGCUGGAUGCCGGUCCGCACCUCGCCCGAACGCAGGCCCAAGGCCACCCCUCCCAAACUCUCCACCUUCAUGACCUCGCCCGGGGGCAGCGUCGCCGAGCAGCCUGGCAGCCAGGAGACGCUGGCCGUCGCCAAUGGAGACCCUUCACACCUGCUGGGCGACCGCAACCGCAACCUCCUCAAUAAGAAGAUGGCCUCCUCCUCCUCGUCCUACGACGCCUUCAGCUCGGCCGGCUUCUCCUCCGUCGAAGAAACGUCACGCCCCACCGAAGAAAUCCCUCUAGCUCCAACGGGCGAAUACAAGCCCACGCAAUGUGGGACGCUCACCAGGCGGGAAGUUUACCUGUAAAAAAUACAAAAAAAGCAUCCCACGUCAGAGUACAGAUUCAAUCCGACAACUCAAGAGACACUGUUAGCAAACCAAACCCUGGUGUGAAAGCGACGUGAACGUCUCUCUCACUGCUAGCUUGCGCUCGUCUUAAAAAUAAGCAGGACUCUUAAUCUGUAAGUAAUAAAAAGACUUUAAAAAGCAUGGUAAAAGGUCUUGCAGAUGCGAGAGGACGAGAUUGAGGAGGAGUGGGAAGAGAGAGAGAGAGAGAGACGGAGGUGGAGAGAGGGGGAUGCUGGUGGAUGAGUGCUGUGUUACUUUGCUGCUAGCGUUUCGGGCCCUCUGACUUUUUUCCAAAGUGCUGCCUGAUUCUGUAGACUUCAUCAUAAACAACGUGCAUGCAUAAUCUAGCCACUUAAAGGACUCGGACUAUUCUCUUCUGCUUUUUUUUUUUUGGUUCCUACUUGUUCUAACUGAUACUAAGUGGAUGGAAGCAGGCAAGACAGGUGCUGUUAUACAUAUAUCUAUUUUGUGUUGUUCUUUUUUCAGUAGGGAAUCAGGAUUGUAGAAAGUUUCUUUUCUUUUUUUUUAUGCUUCAUAUCCGUAUGCAAUCUGUCCAAGGACUGGACUACUUACACUGAACAAACUCAUCGCAUUCACCAAGAGACCAAAAAAAAAAAAAAACACUACAAAAAAAAAGGAAAAAAAAGAGAAAGGCCAAUCAUGGACAACAAUCAACGCAUGAGAUUAGCAGUGAUGGCAUGGACAGUUAAAGCUGGUCCAGAUACCUGGAGCAGUUUGUUAUGUGCUAGAACAUUUCCAGUGACUGUAAGGGGGUCUGUAGAUAUGUCUUUUUAUGUCCAAAUGGCGCAACAGGCAGCAUAAGAGCUGUAAAUGGCAAACUUACACUGACGGAAGUGAGUUGCGUGUCUAGCCUGUUUUUCAUGCAAACAGAGUCAUGCACUCUUUCCCUUGUAGGUGAUGAGCUGUACAUAAAUAUUUCAAGCAUAUUCCGGACACAUGCUUUAUACCUAUGCUGUCCAUCACCACAUAUGCCCCCCCCCUCUCGUUGUAUAUCCCAGACAUGUCUGAAGUUACCCACUAUUGCUGGAAUACGUGAAUAUGGGUAACUCUUGUCAUUUCGUUCAAUGGCAUGGAGGACAUGCUAACUAUGCUGAAGUUGUUUUCUUUUGUCAUCUCGGAUUUAAACUGAAGCCCUUAGUGACCUAUGGCACACAACAAGUUACACAUGCACACACAGUCAUAGCACUUUACACAAGCAUACUGGAACUACCACUGGAGCUAACUGGCUAUUAGGUUCGCCCUUUAGACAAAUGGAUUGCUACCAGGGAAACCAUUGCGGUGACUUGGUCCCUCCUGCUUGGGCUGGUCCAGCCUAACAUUCUCUUAGUACGAGUGUUAAAUUGAGCAAUAAGCAACAAAUAAGUGUUCAUUUACAAUCACACAGAGCUAAAUACCGAAUACACACAAAAGCUUGUCAAAUCAACAAAACUAUAGGAAGAAUCUACCAGCUAAAUGGAUUUGUACAAUCACUUCAAGGUAUCUUUAAGAUGUCAGCAGGCUGCAGGCUAGCCAGGAGUACUUGUUACAGUUAGCAGGAAACAUUGCUAGGCAAAAACCAAAGUUCUGGUAACAACAUGGCAUGGCAUUUCGGAAGAUUAGACAAGGGACAGUGCUCUGAAUUUUACCUGGUUGUGUGCUGCUUUAAAUACCUGCACACCUAGAACUGUACAGACAGAGGGAAUAUAUGCAGAUGAUGUCCUUAUUGAAACGUAUACUAACAUACAUGCACACGCACACACAUACACAUUAAGGUCCUGUAGCCACAAACUAUCAAAUGAACCUAGUUCAAGGUAGAGCAUACACUUACGAGGCACAAAAAUCUAGCCUUUAAAACUGGGUGACAUAACCAGAUGCAAUGGAACUAUUCUUUUGUAUGGUAGAAAACCCUUCAGUUUGAAUGGACUGCCCUUUUUUUCCUCGCAGCCUCCUGAAUCUGUAGUCUGUGUGUACUACUCGUCGUUAAAAGAAGUGCUCUGAUGCUUAUCAACUGUAUACAGAAAUAUGUACUUUUUAUUGCACGUUUAAAGGGAUUCUACUUCACUUACUAUGAAGGAAAAAAAGAAAAAAAAUGUACAAAAUAAGACAAAAAAUCUGACAAAAAAAAAAAAAAAAAAACUCUACCCU